UUCUAGGUAUACUGGACCCUCUUGCAUGUCUACGAACACAAUAAUAAUCUCCUGUAAUGGUUCUCUCUCUCUUUUGGUUCUGGUUCUAACCCUGCUCCCCUGCACAAACAAAUCUACUGGAGGGUUCGUUCCUGCUCUUCUUCAGUCUUCGAUAGUAUGUUCAUACUUAACCUUCCUCACUUGGUGUACAGUAACAUCUACUCCAGACUCUACAAGAGAUCCUACAGACCAAUUUUUCAAUCGGAAUCGGGAGAAUCAUCAAAUUUUAGCUGCAAACCUCGGACCGUAUCAUGCUGGACUAGAACCAUAUCAUAACCUUGACCUGGAGCUACAGGAGGAGUGUGAGGCUCCUACAGGAGGGAGUAUAGAUGAAACCUGGAUUCCAUACACUGCUAUCAUAAUCAUGUUCCUCGUACUUACUUAUAGUUCUAUAACUUCGUGGACAAGUAGUCCGGCUAAGGUUCUAGGAUUAAAGAUCGGAGAGACGGACGAGGAUCCAGGUUUAUGUAUCUGCUGCAGAGCAGGUUCAAGACGGGACAACUUUCCUCCAGGUCCUCCUGCAGCUGAGAAGGAUGGAGGUCAGCAUGUUAUCAGGAAUGAAAGGAUCCAGACCGUGUAUAGCUAUUCUCUCUUCCAUAUCACACUCUGCUUGGCAAAUAUGUUUGUCACCAUGCAGCUGACGCAGUGGUUUCAACCUCAGGAGACCAAAAUAAUAUCGUUCUCAAAGUCUUGGUCUACAGUUAUACUGAAGACGGUUAGCUGCUGGGUAUCUGUACUGGUUUAUCUCUCUACACUGGUUAUACCUACCUGGAGACCAAACAGUACUAUUUCAACACAGCACGGUUCAGGUCAGAUGCCUCCAGAUAUCUGGGCUUCAGAGGAAACUGCCUGUUUGCAAACAAGUCAUAUAUAAGCACUAUCAACUAAUUAAUCAAUCAACUAAUCAAUCCAAGAUAAUUUUAGGAAAUGUAAAACAUUAUGAAAUCCAUUUGAUGUUUUGAUUCCAAUAGAUUUAUUAAUAUCAAA